AUGCACUUGCUGUUGUUUCUAUUGCCACAGCUAACGGCAAUCGGCCCCAUCGGGGCGCAGUUGGCACGCAAGCCGAGUGCAUUGGCCAAUUCCCCGAGUAUGGAGGAGUGUAUCAAUCGGAUGCACGUGCAGAAUACCAAUUUGAAGAAGAUUGUAGAGUGCAUGGCACGCUCAGCAAAUCUCACAGCCUUCAUGGAGGAUACACUAUGGAAACUGGAUUUGCUGGCGCUUCGUUUGGAUAGACUGGAAGCAAUACAAUCACCUGAAGUCUAUGUACGUUCGCCGUAUGUGCAAAUCGAUGACGUGCUAAAAAUAGAGGGCAGCGUUGCCGGCUAUAACUGCGAAGGUAAGCAGCAAGUAGUUCAGGCAAUACGGCGCAAACUGGAGCACUCUCAUCUGAUAAAUGGCCGAGUGAGCGAACUUUUUGACUGGCCCUCGUCACGGAUAAGCGCGGGAAACAAAGUGCCGCCAAAGUUCCGAACUUUUGAUGGAAAUUUGAUUAAGGAGGUCAAAACAGGAGUCAAGGAAAUAAAAGAGCUGAGCUGUCUCAUUUCUGAAGCCAUAGAAAGACAUGCGAAACCCAUAAAGAAGUCCAAUAUUGGCUAAUUA